CCCCUGGCCAUAUGAUCAAUCCCGGCCACAUCAUUGGUCCGGUCCAGCUCAACCCAUUCCUCCGCGCCGCGCCAGCUACAGGCCUUCCCAGGAACCAGCUCUCGUUCUCGCAAAGCUCUCCACGUCAGCGCAUCGUACGUUUGUAGAAGGGGUGUAGUUGAGUUUUUCAUCCCAAAGCCAUGUUGUUCUACUUGAUAUAAAGUAGAGGAUCUGCGAAGUUGUAAAAUUCUUUUUAUUAUCGGCGCUCAAGGUGCAAUUCUUGUUCACAAUACCUACAUUGUCAUUGACAUUGUUUCCUUAAAAUCUUUUGUGUUUUUAUUUUCAGUAAUGGUGGCGUCGACUAAGACUCCGGAGAACGUCCUAACGGCGUUAGCUCAGAAGCUCUAUGGCGCCGUGGGGUUCUCCAAAGGGUAUAACUUCUGGCUCUGGCUCGUUCUCGGCGGUAUCUUUUCCGGCUUCAGUUUGUCGCGCUUGAGGUAUCUGGAUUUCUACGGCACCUUCUGCGGCAGCUCAGUCCCUGGCGGUCGUGAUCUCGCGGUGCCCGGCGAGUGUUUCUACUACCUGAAUCAGGAGUACUACAAAAUCGGAAUCAUCACGCAUCUAGCGGUUAUCCUGCCCGCUAGUUUGUUAGCAUGUAUUCAAUUCAUCCCUGUGGUUCGACGCAAGGCGAUGGGAUUGCAUAGGAUUUUUGGCUGGAUCACAGUCUCCCUUUCGGUCCCCGGCGCUAUUACUGCCGUGAUGAUCGCGCCACGCUCUCAGGGCGGCGGUGUCGAUACGCAAUCCAUGGUGGCAUUGCUAGGUGUUAUGUUCCUCACUGCGUUGACUCGUGGCUGCAUUAGCGCCAAGAAGCAUAAGAUCGCAGAGCAUCGAGCCUGGAUGUUACGCGCUUGGGUUUAUGGCGGCUCUAUCGUUACUAUGAGAAUACUGAUGAUGCCAGCGGUCGUGAUCAUAUCUCUUAUAGGGGGCUUCUAUUAUGUUGAGCCGUGCGACAAGAUCAAUUAUUUGUUAAGGGGUGAAAAUGCGACUUUGGCAGCAUAUCCAGACUGCGCCCCCUUUUUCUCUGGAGAGGAUCCCAACCGACAUAUAGCCGUGCUCGCAUCCGUGUUUAAUAGAAAGAACAUAGUCCAAGUCUCAGCCGCUCUUAACUUUGUCUUCGGCACGUCGGGAUGGAUGGCGAUAUUUUUGAAUACUCUUGGGGUCGAGUACUAUCUUCGCUCGGAAUCAGGGCAACGUAGUGUCAAAAAGUCGAACUGAGCCUAUUCAAAUGAUAAUUGUAUGAGAGGUCCAUGAGCCACAUAGGAAUGUUGGCUUUGGAAUAUAUUGAGCAGGAAGAAGAUAAUCUGUAAUAUCGUUGAUUAGGUAGAUAGAGUUGAGGUUAUCUUCUCUUUUUGGCGUUUCAAUUACAAUACAAACAAAAAACUAUCCCUUUAGUUGGCAUAAGACUACAGUCUCCAUAAAACCGGUAACUGUACAUCGGCGAUAGCGCAGGCCUCUCAAGCC